CGUCGGCAACUAGGAAAAACAGUUAGCUAAGCUUGUCUUCACAGAUGGUAGUGUAGAGGGUAGGUAUUAUUAUAGUGCGAAAUAGUAACAACGGCAGCAGUAUUAAUGACUCUGCUCACAUAACUCUUUAUACAGUGUCCAUUUAUACAUUUUUAAAGAUUAGAAGCGCAUUUCCUUCGAGUUUUGGUGCGUUAAAUGGAGGAGAAGAAGGAAGACGGAGACUCGGAGAUACAGGAACACGGACCCGAGCACUGGUUCUCAAAAUGGGAGCGGCAGUGUUUGGCCGAAGCGGAGCAAAGGGAGCCGAGCGAAGAGGAGGCCGACAACGACCAGGAUAAACUGUGGCAUCUCUUCCAGAACUCCGCCACCGCUGUGGCACAGUUAUACAAAGACAGAGUAUGCCAUCAGCAGGGCCUGUCAUUGUGGGUGCCAUUUCAGAAUGCUGCUACAGCAGUUACCAACCUCUACAAAGAGAGCGUGGAGGCCCACCAGAGAAGCUUCGAUCGGGGCAUCCAAAUAGGCCACCAACGCCGUAAUAAGGACAUGUUGGCCUGGGUGAAAAAGCGCCGGAGAACCAUCCGUAGGGAGGAUCUUAUCAGCUUUCUGUGCGGCAAAGCACCACCACACAGAAGUAGCAGGGCCAACCCCCGGCUGGCCAUGGUGGCCCCCAGUCGGGCUAAUUCACCAGCUGAGACAGGCUCAUCUGUGGAAGCAGACCUCCAGCCUUUCAGGGAGGCCAUAGCACUGCAUGGUCUAAGUGGAGCCAUGGCAAGUAUCAGUGUGCGCUCUGGUGCUCCAGGUUCUCCCACACAUGUGAGCGGGAGCAGCAGUAACGGAGGCGGUGCUGGUGGAGGUGGUUCUUCUGGCUCUGGGCCGGUGUGCCGCAGCAGCAGGCGCAACGGCCUCCAAGACGUCGACCUGAACACUUUCAUCUCAGAGGAGAUGGCACUGCAUCUGGACUCUACAGGCUCUGCCUCUGCGGGAGGGGGAGGAACCAGGAAACGAAACUCCACCCAGUGUAGUGAUGUCAUCACAGACUCCCCUACGCACAAACGCAACAGGAUGAUCUGAUCUGCUGCCUGCCUAUGUGUAUGAGGGGGUGGGGGGAAGCCUUCAAAGCCAAGGCUAGGAGAGGGGGAUGGAUGGGCUUAUGUGGGACAGCUGUGCAGACCGACAGGCAGACGUUCAGAUGCCUGGCUGUGCAGAAGAACCCGGGCUGAAAAUGAAAACGGGGACUAAAGGUUCUCAGUUCAGUCUAAUCAGAUGUUGGAUGAAUUCUUUUCCUUGUCUCCUUUCCUGACACUAUACUAUAACUACAAAUCACUGCUCUGCAAUCAGAACACUUUGUGCGAGUGUGUGUGUGUGUGUUUGUUUGUGUGUGUGUGUGUGUGAGAGAGACUGGGAGGUCCAGACAACACCACGCACUCCUCAGACAUCGCUGCCGUGGAAAGGAGACAACGAAGGAACCAACUUAUUGUGGGUUGCAGACAGUUCUCAAGGGGGUGAAAAUGCACUGUGCUGCUUUACAAGUAAAAGCCACUUGAUCCUCGACACAUUUGUGCCCUUCCCUCCCUUAACCUCACUCAUCCUCACCCACCACCUUAAUAAGGAAGUGAGGGCCAUGAUCAAAUCGUCUCACUCAGUGAACUGAGUUGCUCGCCAAAUGUUGGACACAGCUCUGUCAGAGGCUCAACCUCUGCGUCACACAACCCACCUGUUCUUUCUGUUACUUCAUCACUGCAGCUCUUAGUUGAUGUUGCCUGUCUGUCAGUGGUGGAGCUAAAUCACCCAGUAGGAGCACAUCUUUAGCAUCAUCCUGCCUCACCUGCCACUUGUAACCAGUUACGUUUCUCUGGUUACCAGGCUGACAGCAUGUAACUACCAAUAGCAGGCUACUGAUGUUUGGACAUUUAGACCUAAUUCUCUGCUAACUACUCUGCUUCAGCAUUGGCUUGGUUUAGUCCAGCCAGUCGCCUUUUUGUUUUUAAACCACCAGUGUUAAAAUUCUUGGUUUGUUGCCACUGUUUGCCACAGUGAUAGCCAAGUUAAUUUUGCAUUCUUCUCCACCUUUUUUUUGUUGUUGUUGUUCAGGAUAAUGGAAAGGAAAAAAAAUUCUUUAUCAUAUACAGCUUCUCAGACAGCGUGUUUGCUGCCUGUGAUGCCCCCACCCCACCCCACCCCCA